UUGUUCCUUCUCCCUUUCUUCCCAGAGGAAAGCAUGAACCUCAAAAUACGCAGUGAGGAAAGAAUAUACAGGGAUAUUUUACAAACAGAUAUUCAAGAAAAAGAAGAGCAUUUUAUACAGCUACAGGAGAUCAGAUUACUGAGCUGGUUGUGGAGAGAAGGUCAGGAGGACAGAUUUCUACCAAAAUAUCUUGUUCUAGCUUCAGAGCAGGUUCAGAUCCAUACAACGCAACUAGCGAGAUUAUUUGAAAAAGAGAAGUAUGCUUGUAACCGUAUCUACGGAACAUUGAGAAGAAAAGUAUCUCUGCCUAAACCUCAUCCUUACUCCUGGUCCUGGUCAACCUUACCUUCCUUCCUAGCUGGGAAUAUGAGAAUACUAACAUCUGAUACUAUACCAAGACUCCUUGUGGCAGCUGGUGAGGUUCCUCUGCUGACCCCAGGCGAGAUCUGGUUAACCGGCAUAGUGGCGCAACACGCCAGGGUCAUUUCAGUUGCUGUACAGUGGGAAUAAUAGCUGUAUACUGUACAGUCAUCUAAGUUGAAGUAAACAUUUGGAAAAAUAGCAGUACACUGUACAGUAAAGGGCUGAUCUCAUUUGCAGUACAUUGGGAGUAGUAGCAGUACACUGUACAACAAUGGAUUGUCUUAGUUGCUGAACACUGUACAGUGUACAGUAAAGUAGCGGGUAAUCUCAGUUGCUGUCCGUAGGACAAAACUGUACAUUACAGGCUACUUAAUGUACUGUGUACAUAACAGGCUACUUGAUGUACAGCGUACAUAACAGGCUACUAGAUGUGUACUGUUCUGUGUACAUUUGUAAAAGUCAGCAUACAAAAUUUUACAUUUUCCGCUCAAAAACUCAGGAUUCUAAAUUAUUACAUUGUAGAAAUAAAUAUAUAAGUAAUAAUAAAAUUUACAAACAAAAAAAUAAAUAACUCUGCUCA